CAAAAUCACGUUUUACAUCUUAAAAUCGUAAGAUUUUACGAUUCUAUGUAUGCAUUUCGUGUAAAAUCGAUAUUAAAAUUGGAAUUCCAUGAAAUGGGAUAUAAAAUCGUAAAAUCACGAUUUUUUUGUUAAAUCGUUUGAAAUCUCGAUUUUACAGGGGAGGGAGAGAUUUUGGACUGCUGCAGUGCCGCUGCUCACUGUUGCUGCUCACUGCCACUGUUCACAGCUCAGGCAAAGAAUUCCUCCUUUCUCAGACUCCCCUUAUUUGGUGAUGAUCGGUGUUGGUGAUGGUGAUGAUCGGAGAUGAGGAACUGUUGUGGAAUCCGAAGAUGAAGAAAGAAGAAGGACGUACAGUCUAAGGGUGUGCACUGUGCGGCCAUUGGCUACCCAAAACUUUCAGAUCUGAGAUUGGUCUUUUUUUUUUUUUUUUUUUUUUUGGUUCUGUGGUGAUCGAUGAUGAUGAUAUCGGAGAAAGAUGGAGAAGCCAUAGAUGGAGGUGAUAGGAAGGUCUGUUAUGAGGUGGAGAAAGAUUUAUUGGAGAUGGAGAUCGAAGGAGGUCAUGGUUGAAAUUGAGAGUCCAGAAGGGAGAAGGAUCGAGACGAGAGGUGUCUUUUUUUGUCUGUCGUCCCCUCUUUCUUUUGUUUGUCUGUUCCCUUUACUUUAAAAGAGAAAGGAAACUAGGGUUUUAUUAUUGGUUUAGGCUGAGCCUGGGUUGGGCCUUGAUUAAAGGAUUAUGGGCUGC